GUCUUCACAUGCCAUCAUCGUCUCUCAAAUAAUCAAAAACUCUCUCUCGUUCUCUUUCUCUACAAAAGUCAUUUUAAUUUAUUUUUUAAAAAUCGAUACCAGUGAAUGGGCUCAUAUUCGUCGUCAUCGCUUAAUAACUCUCCGUUUGGAACAGAGCGUAUGGUAACACCAGAAUCUCCCACGAAAGAUACUAAUUCAGCUCCGAUGCCUGUGAAAAACGACGGCGUUACGAUCAUUUCCAAUUCCUUGUACUCAUCGUCUCCUUCUGCGAAGAAAAUCUUCGAAUCGCCGAGAAAGAGUACAACAUCGGUUCCGGUGGCGUCUCCGGCUGUGAAAUCUCGGUGGUCGUUUUCCUCUUCAAAGAAAAGCUUCGGAAGUAAAGAUGAAACCUUUUUCGAUACCCAGCAAUGGCUUCAAUCCGACUCAGACGAUGAUUUCCACAGCGUUAACGGCGAUUUCACUCCAUCGCGUGGAAACACUCCCAAGAGCAGCUUCUCGGACAGACUUCCUCGCAUCAACAACCUUAUAUUCCACGAGAAGAAGCCUUCUCGAGGCUCUUCUCCAGCGCCAAAACCGAGGAGGAAGAAGCUUGGUGAUCUUUUCAGAGAAAGUAUAAGAGAAGAACGAGAGGAAAGCUCUGGAGGGUCAUCAUCUCUCAGCUCUCCUUAUCACUCUGGUGAAUUCAACAAGGUCGCCAUUGAGGAGGACUCUAGCAUAAAGGAAGAGAAGAAGAAGUCUAACUGGCAGCAUCAUCGUUGUCUUCCUGGUUUCUCUGCGUGUGGUGGAAGUUUCAUGGAGAGGAGGAAGAAGAUGAGCUCUGAAACUGGGGUUGUUGCUGUGAAAUGAGAUGCAGAGAUAGCAAUAUUGUGUAUAUGAUAAAAUGAGAAAGGGAUCUCAGAGUAAAAAGUUCUUGUGAAUUUUUACAAGUGCUACUUCACUUGCUGUGAUGAGAAGAAAAUGAAUCCCAUAGUUGAAGAGAUUAUGUAAAAAAGAAGAGAUGUUCUGGUGUGUUAAUAAGUGGCUUUUGGAUC